AUGAUGUAUCGCUACACUGGCGGCAACGCCAACGGUACACCUGUCCGCCCAAAAACUGCAGAGGCGAAGCAAUGGAAUUUGACCUCUACUGACGCCCUAGGACGAACCAUAUCAGCGAGCGCAGCCCCUCUUGCGCCUGCGCCCGGAGCUCUGAUGGAUGCAGCGCGGGGCUCAGUUUCGAGCGCAUCAACUACCCAGAGCGCCAAACCAGAAGACUCUGCAUUCCUCGCCAACCCUUUCGCAUUGCGCCAUGGCCGCCGCUACCUUCGAGACUUGCCGUAUCCCCUCCCCUGCGACCUGCCCGAGCUCCAGCGCCAGAAUCUACAAACGCUCCUUGCAACGUCAGUCUUCGGUCGCGCACUUGGCUCCAGCCCAAACCCUGAAUGCCCACCUCGAAAGGUCCUAGAGAUCGCAUGCGGUAGUGGGUACUGGUCGUCGCUAUGCCACGACUACCUAGACGGCUUGGGUUACGAAAAUGUUCAAUAUACCGGACUUGAUAUCGUGCCCAUCGCCGCAGACUUGCGCAAACAGCACAUAGACUGGAAGUUCGUCCAACACGAUCUACGCAAGGUGCCUCUACCUUUCGAUGACGGCGAGUUUGAUAUUGUUGUUAUGAAGGAUAUGAGCCUGGUGGUGCCCCUCGGCUCCGCAUCACAGAGGAUUCUGGACGAAGCCAUACGAAUACUCAAGUCCGGAGGAACGCUGGAGAUCUGGGAAACCGACCACGUCAUCCGAUCUAUCCUACCACAUCCUCCGCCACCACCGGGGAAGAACCCCCAAGAGUAUGCUUGUGCGGUCGCGACUGGAACCUUCAUGAUCUCGCCAAUAACACCCUUCACUGAAGUGCACAACAAGUUCCUUGCGUCUUCGAACAGCUGGAUAACGGAGGCCUUGGAUAAGCGGAAACUAUCGCCUACGCCGUGCGCGCGUAUCUCGCAGAUGUUGUUACAGGAGACUGAGACUCUCCAGGGUGUUGAGAAUCGGCGAGUUGCCAUUCCUCUGGGUGAACUGCGGUGGGAGCGAGAGGCCGCAGCAGAGAAACAGACGGCGAAUCGUCGCGGAAGCGAGGCGGCGCGGAUCAAGAAGAGCGGGAUCGACAGCAUGACGCUUACGGAGGAACAAGCAGCUCUGAGACACACAGCGUUGCUAGUAGUCAUCCAAAUGAUUGAAAGUCUUGAGCCGCUCCUCAAGGAAGUCAGCGGCAAGUCCCAAGAAGAAUGGCAGACCUGGUGGGGUUCGAUGAUGACGAACUUGUUGCAGGAGAAGGGUGGCUCGAGCGGAGAGUGCUUGGAGAUUGGAGUCUGGUGGUGCCAGAAGGUCUGA